CUCGAGAAAAAGGGACGACUACAUACAACCAUAUCCACUCAUCGCGACCAUGGUUCGACAUUUCGCAUCAUCGACCUUCGUUGUCAUAUUGGCAGUAAUUGCGGUAGCUGUUAUUAAUAGCUCUAUCGUCAGCGGGUUUUCUACGAAUAAUGGGAGACAGUCCAAGAUGUCAACGUUACUCUCGAUGAACAGCAUGAAUACCAUUGAGACCACUCCUGAUAUUGAGUUCAAUAUGUACGAAGGAAUAAAACCAAGCGAGAAUUGGGAAUUAGAUUGUUACAGUCGUCCGGUCUUGACGGCUGGAGGCAAGAAGUUGUGGGAGGUUUUGAUUACCGAUUCGACCGGGAGCUUUCGAUUUUGCAAGACGCUCCCCAGCAACAAAGUGAACUCGAAAGAAGUCAGACAAACGGUGGAAGAUUUGAUGGAAGAUCCCAAUAUUGAUGUAAAACCAUCAACGAUUCGAUUUUUCCGUGGCGCCAUGUUCAACAUGAUCAACAUCGCUCUUAAUGAAUUGGACGUAGUCGGAAGACCCUCUCGGUGUACCAAUUCUAUUGCGCAAUGGCUGGAAGAAAGACACAGAGACGUCUACCCAAAUAUGGAAGGGUAAGGAAAUCAUUUUGAAGUUGAUUAUUUUGGAAGACCACUCAAAAGAUAUUUUCAAUGGGGCGAUUGUUUAUUGACGAAACGCAAAAUAAAACGACAUCGAAAAUGUAUGAGUUUUUAUUUUUUUGGAUAUGCACAGGAUUGAAAGAGAGAAAGAAGAUACUAUCCAAUCUUCAUUGAGGAUGCCGUUAUUCGCAAUUUUUCAAAAUGCACUUUCAUCUCGUUUUUUCUUUCAUUGCCUUCUCACAUGUUUUGUUUCUUUGUUAUUGGGUCGACUGCAUCGAUGUUUGCAAACAACGAAGCUACCGCGCCCAAAUGGGAGUAGGAAGUGGAUUGGCAUCAGGAGGUCCCUCCUUCUUGAAUGUUCGAACCCCCGUUAAAAUGCCCGAUUCCUUGAGAGGAGAAAAGUACGCAUUCGUUGCCCUACCUCUUGCAGAACUCUUGCCCGGUGGCAGCAUCACCAGCGAGAACAUUGGUGUGGGACGUUUGUGCCCUAUUCCAGAAAAUUUAUCGGGCGACAUGCCCCCCGCCGACACCUUCGUGCAGGGGAUUGUCAUUUUGACCCAACGUCCGGAUGCCCUGGCGGCCUGGUUGGCGGGAACCGAAUUGGCCUCCAUGUCGUGUGAUUUGCGCAAGCGCAACGUGAUCAUGGAGACCGAUAUCGACACGCGAUAUCUGAUGGCUCGACUGAACGACCAGCAACGAGAGGAGGGCGUUGCCUUUGAGGAAGGCAAAGAUGCUCUGGACGGAUUGCAUUUUGUAUGUGUCCAACGCGAUGAGGACGACGACCCAGCCGGAUUCUGGCUGAUGCGUGAUCUUCCGUCGGGGAUCUAGAUUCGUCAAAACCAUGAGCGAAAAAACUAGCACCAAAAACUUAUUUUAGAUGCGGGAGAGAGACGCCUGUAUACCCUAUAUUGAUAGUACGCCGGCAUGUUUCUAUGAUAUUAUGGGCACUCUAUGAUCGAGUAGGUCAUGGUUCUCUCUUCAGUAAUUUAUUCUAGAAUUGUGCUUUGGAGCACGAGUAGGAUAUCAUUGAAUACCCGUGUUCGCAAUCGUUUACCA